AGCGUUGCUAGUCUACAUUUUAUAUCUAUGGUACGGACCAUUUGACGUCAGUUUCCAAAAAAAUUUCAACACAGACUGCUUGUGCAUUCGUUUGGGUGUGUUUCUGUUCUGUAGUUCACGUUUCGAAAAAAAUGGCCGGAUACAGUGAAGAUCAACUUGCUGACUUUCAGGAAGCAUUUCAACUUUUUGAUCAAAAAGGAGAUGGUUGUGUUCAGGUGUCUCAGAUUGGUGACAUUUUGCGUGCCUUGGGACAGAACCCCACAGAAUCUGAUGUGAAGAAGUUGACCCACAAUCACCGACCAGAGGCUCGUGUCAACUUUGAGGUGUUUUUGCCAAUCCUCCAAGCCAUUUCCAAAAACCGUUCAGCCGAUACAGCUGAAGAUUUCAUUGAAGGACUGAGGCAUUUUGACAAAGAUGGCAAUGGUUACAUUUCAUCUGCAGAACUCAGACAUCUCCUCACAACCUUGGGUGAGAAGUUGGCUGAUGAAGAAGUUGGAGAACUAUUGAAUGGCCAUGAAGACUCCCAGGGCAACGUGAAUUAUGAAGAAUUUGUUCGUGCCGUCAUGAGCGGUUAGAUCGGGGGAUUAUACGACUUAUUUUAUACUUUCAUAUUACCCCAGUUCUCGAUUUAAUAAAUUCAUUAAAUUCCUCGUAAAAAAAAACAAAAAAACAUCUCUAAUUAGUACUUAUGUUCUGAUCCAAUAACAAAGCCCUAAAACAUCUUUCCUACCCCCACAUCUAUAUUCUUAUCUCUCUGGUGUGUAUUGCAGUGCCUUUUUCAUCAUAAUAUUACCGCACAUUCCACAAUACACUUUGGCGCUUCCUCAACUA